GGAGAGCGGGAGGAGAGAACCAUGUCUCACGGGGCGCGAGUGAUCCGCACCGGGGUGAGCAGCGGGGGUCCGGCGGGCCCACCGCCCCCCGCCGCCUCCUCCUCAGCGGGAUCGGACGCCGAGCUCAUGGACGGCGCCUAUUUCCGCUCCUGCGCCGGCAUGCUGAAGGUGGCCCAGAUGAUCUCACUGCUGAUUGGAUUCAUCAGUGUAAAUAGCUCUCACUGGACGGAUUACAGUGCAUACAGCUACUUUCAGAUUGUCAGCAUGUGCGACUUGGUUAUGAUUUUGUUCUUCUACAUUAUCCACAUUUUCAGAAUCUACAGGAAGCUCACUUGCGUUAGCUGGCCACUUGCGGAGUUUCUUCAUUAUUUAAUCGGUACAAUUCUGCUUCUCAUUGCAUCGAUUGUAGCAGCAUCCAAGAGUUACAAUUUGACUGGACUUGUGGCUGGCGCGACUUUCGGGUUCCUAGCUACCAUCCUUUGUGUUAUGAGCAUAUGGUCAUCCUACAAGGUUUCGUGCAUCACUCAGUCAACAAAUGCAUCUGUAUGACUCCUUCAUUUCUGCAAGACGUCGGCCUUACAAAAUAGGAUACCAAAGAGGAGCGUCCACUACUGAAGAGAGAGCAUGGGUAUUUUGUUACUAGCCUGGGCAGCCAGUAGCUUUUGAAGAUCUACCUGAAUGCCUGUGCAAAACAAUGUUGUGAACCAAAGUUUUUUUGCUGCCCCCAUUUCCUUCCUCCCCGCCCCCAAGAAGUUUAUAAUGGAGAACAUGAUUUUUAUGAGCUUUACAGAAAAAGACAACUCCUGUUUCACAAGCUGGGCUGUGGUCAUUUCCAGCUAUUUGCAGUAAGUCAAUUUAAAACUCAUUUGGAGAGUCAUUUGGUUCACCUUUCAGAGGGAUGGAAAAAACGCUUCUGAUUUCCUCUGUCUGUUUACAGAAGGGAAAUCCUGCAAAUUCCUACCUGAUUCUUAACUUCCAAGGAUGAUUUGUUUAACAAAGGAUCUGUUACAAACUGAUUUGUGCCUGGAUAAGCUGACCCAAGUCUUUUUUACCUCCUUCUAUCAGAACUGUGGACUUUUUCUAACAUCAGCUCAGCCAGCUUCAAAAAUCAUGAACUGCAACUUGAAUACAUCACUGCAAACACUCCCUCCUAGCCCCAGCAGUACAUGAUGAAAUCAGACUUCUUUUCUUCAUGGACUUUUACAGGUUUUUAACAAUCAAAGAUUAUUCUUAAAAACAUCCCUCUGCCAAAUACAGGAAAAUACAUACCAAAUAAUAUUUGUGUAAUGUUUUGUGGGGUCUUUUUUUUUUUCCUUUUCACAAAUGCUUAUUUGUAAAAUGGGUAUUUUUAAGACCUGUUCUGUAGAAAACUUCUGUCCAUUUCCUAUAAAUUAUUCUUUUCGGAGUCUAA